AUGUCGUCUUUGUCUAACUGGUUAGAUCAAGCUAUUGAAAAUGAAAAUAUUAGAUUUAUUAAAUUCAAUGAUUUGGACUUCGAUGCUAGAAAUCAUAAAAAGAAAGAGAAUCCUUCAUAUUCUAGAGUUCCUUUGAAAAGCAACCCGGAUUUAGAAAUUACAUAUCAUACUUUGAAGGACUUUCAUGAUCUAAAAAUUGACGAUAAAGAAAUGGCAACUCUAUUUAAGGAGUCAUUGCAUGAAAAUAUUAUCACAGCUUUUAUUUCUAAAUGCAUGAACACUUGCGAUUAUUACUUGAUCAUAGAAUAUGCUAAUCAAGGAGAUUUGGAUUGUUAUUUAGAGAAUACAAUACUUACAUGGAGACAAAGAAUUGAAAUCGCUAUUCAAUUAACCAGCGGAUUGAAUUUCCUUCAUAAUAAACAGCUUGUACAUUUUAAUUUGGAUCCUAAAAACGUCUUUAUUAAUAAUGAUAUCCUGAAAAUAACUAGUUUUGGGCGUAUUGAAAUUUUCAAAUCAAAUAAUUUUGAAAAAAUUCCAUUUAUUGAACCUCGAACAUUGCAGACAUUAAAUCCAGAAAGCCUCAUAGAAAGCGGAAAUAAUUCUCAAGAAUCUAAUGUCUAUAGUUUAGGAGUUUUGCUGUGGUACAUCUCUAGUGGUUUUCGGCCUUAUAAGAAUUUUUCAUGUUUCCAAAUGAUCACACAUAUUAUUAAAGGCCAAAGAGAGGCAGUUAUUCAAGGAACUCCUGUCAAUUAUUCUAAAUUGUAUCAAAGUUGUUGGCAACAUGAUCCAGACAAGCGUCCUAAGUGUAAGCAGAUUUUGGAAUUUCUUGAGAAUGCUGAUAUGAAAGAUGGAACAUCUAAUACCAUUGACAAAAGUCAUCAAGCAUUAUCCGAGCUUGGUAAAAAUAUCCUAAUUGAUGAAGAGAAGAUUUAUGCUCCAACAAGUAUAGAAGGACCUAAUAAAAUAAAAUGUUUACAAGAUUUUAAUUUAUGUAAAGGGUUAAACAUUUAUGGAAAUAUUUUAAAUCCGGGAGAACAAAUUCUUACAAAAGAUGGCGAACUCAUUUUCUAUAUAAAAAAUGAUAUACGUGUUUAUAUAAACAGUAUUCCAACAAACACACUAAAAAAUAAAAGUAUUUUACCUACUAGUCCAAAUAUAGAAGAAAAUCAUAUUCGUAUACAUAUCCCUCUUCUUCAGAUUGAAUACAAGAAUCAGAUAGUCACGAAUGAAUUUACUGAAAUAAUCGAAAAAGAGCUAAAAAGGCCAGAUCAAAGUUUCGUUCGUGAGACUCUCCAAGAUAUUUUUGAGAAAUACGGUGAAUAUAUUGUACAGAAUAUUGACAUCGGUGGCGCACUUACGGUUAAAUCAUCCUUCGAUGAUGACCUAUCACUUUUACAAGAAAUUGAAAUUCUGAAAGCACAACUAUACUGGGUUUAUGAUGAUGUUGUAUUAGGAAAAGUCAAUGUAUUCAACAAAGUUCCAUUUAAUGAUCAUUUUAUCUUGAAAGAUGCACAUAACAACGAUCAAAGAAUCCUUUAUGGCUAUGAAUUAAAAUCUUGGAUGAAGGAUUAUUAUGAGAAUAAAAAUGGAUAUAUUAUAUCUUAUAAUAAAAUUAUUCAUGCAUAUAAUUUACUUAAAGAUGAAGUUAAACAAAAUGUGAAAAAUGCACUUGAAUGUUCCUAUGAAAGAACUAUAAAGUUUAUUCCGCAUAUGAAUCAUUAUGACGACAAGGAUUUGAUAACGUGGAUUUCAAGCUCAAAAACAAUUUAUCUACGUGAUUGGGUUGAAAAUCUACAUUUACAGUAUGGUCUUGUUAUUCAACCAUGCGCUAUAGGACGUGGAUUUGAAAUUGCUGUUGAAUUUAUUGGAAUACCUGAUGCACACAAAUGCAACAAUUCAUACAUGCAUUUACGACAGCCUUCCAAUAAAAAGGAAGCAUUCACUUUAACAAAUCGGAUUGAAUUCAACAAUGAUACAAAUUUUUUGUUUUUAGCAAAGAAAUUGGCAAAUGAAAAUCCUCAUCCUAUAUUUGAUAAUCUGCAAGCUUCAGAAAUUCAUUGUUUGAUUAUAUCAGAAAAUGUCAAACUGUGCAUUAAUUUGGACAAAAUUGUGCCUUCAAAAGCUCUAAUGAAGGAAGUAAAUGAUGCGAUUAAUAAUGAUUUUCCGUUCUAUGAACUAAAUCGCGUUUUUAAUAAAUUUGGGCACAUUUGGCCUCAAAAAAUAAUUCUCGGUUGGAUUUUAUCUAGAACUUGCGACCAUACCACUAGCGAUGAGCUCAUAAAUGAUAAAUUUUCUUUGGAUAUAAACAAGAAAUCUGAAAUACAACAAAUAAUUUUAGACAAACUAAGUAAAUGGAGUAAUUCAAUAAAAAAUUUAGAUACAUCCUUCUUUUUAGAUUCUAAUGGUGAAAUUGUGAAUAGUCAUGAGAUUUAUGAGAAAUUACGGAAUUUAAAUGAGGUUAAAAAUUUGAAUAUUGUAAAGUUUGAAGAUUUGGUGCCUCUGUACAAAAUUUUGCCAGAAUCUAUACAGAAAGAUAUAGAAAAUAUAACUUCAGAUAGAUAUCAUAUUAUCAUGACUGGUGUGACAAAAAUAAAACGCGAAAAUCAAACUUAUGUUGAUGUUGGAUUUGUUCAGCCUCUUAAAGAUAAUAAUUAUGAAAUGUUUGGUUGUUUAAUUGUUAAUAAUCAAAGAAUAUCAGAUACGAUGAUACGAUUUAGUUUAGCAAAUAAAUAUGGAUGUCAGGCAAUAAUUCAUAAACUUGGCAAUAAGAAUAGACAUACUCGAAAUGUAAAAAUUAUUUUUGGGCAGAAAAUUUUAAAGGGUCAAUUACCUUUUACAUAUGAAAUCAGCAUGCAAAAUAGAAAUUUUCCUGAUUCAUUUAUCCUUGUCACUAGCUUUGAUUCUAAAGAUCUUGAUAGAAAUCAAGUUAUUAAGGGACAUAUUGAAAAUCACUCAAAAACUAGCUUGAGUCUGAAUGUUUCGCAACAUAACGCCGAAGAGAUACAGAGUAAUAACAUCAUAAUGAAAUGGUGCUUGAUUGAAAUUAAUCAAAAUGAUUUCGUGAUUUCUGACGUCGAAAAAAAAGUUUUUAAUUGGAAUGUUCUUGGAGAAGUAAUAGCUAAGUCGAAUUGGAAUGUUCGUGGAGAAGUAAUAGCUAAGUCGAAUUGGAAUGUUCGUGGAGAAGAACAUUCUAAUCACUCUAAUCCUAUGUUAAAUAGUAGAGAUGAAGAGAUCGAAUGGAUUAAGAACGUUAAUGAAGAUAACGCCUAG